AUGCAGGCGGGUCCGAGCUCCAGCCACAGACUCGCGGGAGGCUGGGCCGCGGGCAGCGGCGCGGGCCAGGGCGCGGGGGACGCGGCGGCCGCGGGGCUGCCGGACGACGGGGCGGGCGAACCGGAGCCCGGGCCGGGGCCGGCACCUGCACCGCCGUCGGAGGGCGAGGAGCGGACGGGCGGCGGCGCGGCGUCCUCGGUCCCAUCCUCGCCGCCUCGCGGCCGCGGCUCCGGGCCGGCUGACAUCAUGGGCGGCGGCGGCGGUCACGGCGCGGGGGCCCGGAGCGCCCUUGGUCGGGGAAGGGCGGCACCCGGCCGCCAGCAUUCGCACGCGUGGAUUAGAGCAGGGUCAUCUUCAGAGGGGACGCCCAGACACCCCGCGGCCACGGUGGUGUGCACCUGGCUAUGGAGUCUGGAAGGGCAAGAAGACAGGAGUCAGACGAGGGCUGAGAACAUCUACACACAUGUCUACACUAGGCCUGUGUUUGUCGGAAGGAGGGAGAUUCAGAAACAUUUCAUAGGUCCCCAUGUGCCCCUAAGAAAAGACAGUUUCAUAGAUGCCUGGGAGACUUCUUGCAAGCAAAUGGCCCUACUUACUCUAUUGGGUACUGUCUAACCACAGAAGUUCCACUGAGGGACUAGACAGACCUGAAGCAG